ACCUUAAGAAGAUAUAAGAUGAAGCUAAACCCCGCAAAGUGUAAGUUCGGAGUAAAAUCAGGGAAGUUCCUUGGAUACAUGGUCACCGAACGUGGCAUUGAGGUGAACCCAGAGAAGGUACGGGCGGUACUUGAGAUGCAGCCGCCUAGGACAAUAAAGGAAGUGCAAAUCCUCACUGGACGAUUGGCGGGACUUAGCCGGUUUAUAGCACGCGCGGCAGAACGAAGUUUUCCAUUCUUUCGCACUCUACGAAAAGGAGCUCGAUUUGAGUGGUCAUCACAAGCGCAGGAGGCUUUUGAUAAGCUGAAGGAAUUUUUGGCUUCGCUACCCCUGCUCACCAAGCCAGACCCAACAGACGUGCUAAUUUUAUAUCUCUCAGUGGGCGAGGUGGCAAUUAGCUCAGUUCUGUUGAAGGAAGAUGGAGGGGGGCAGCAACCUAUCUAUUACGUAAGUAAACUGUUACAAGGGGCUGAGAUGAAGUACGCGGAGGUCGAGAAGGCAGCCUUGGCUCUUAUUAUUACGGCUAGGAAGUUGAGACCCUACUUCUUAUCGCAUGGGGUCGUGGUACGCACAAAUUUCCCUUUAAAUGAAACGCUAGGUAGACCAUCAGCUUCUGGUCGAAUGGUUAAAUGGGCGGUUGAGCUCGGAGAAUAUAAUGUUAGUUUCGAGGCAAGAAAAGCUAUUAAGGCACAGGCAUUGGCGGAUUUUAUUCGGGAAGGCACGAUGGUUGAGAAGCCCGGUGUGUGGGAGGUAUAUGUCGACGGAUCCUCGACUAAAGUUGGAGCGGGGAUUGGCAUCCUAAUCUUGCCACCAGGAGGAGAACCACUAGAAUUUGCGGUGAAGCUCACUUUCAGAGCCUCAAAUAACGAGGCAGAAUAUGAGGCGCUAUUGAAAGGAAUGCAGUUGGUAGCGAGUGCCGGGGCUAGGAAAGUUGUCAUACACUCAGACUCUCAAUUAGUGGUCGAGCAGACGAAAGGGGAUUAUGAAGCCAGGGAAGAAAGAAUGGGGAAGUAUGCAGAUGAGGCAAGAGCGUUGGCUAAGAGUUUUGAGUCAUGGCAGCUG